AUGGAUACUUUAGACCUUUAUAGGAAAGCCUUAAAUUUCAAUGUCAUUGGAAGAUACGAUCCUAAAAUUAAACAGUUGUUAUUUCAUACUUCACAUGCAGUUUUGUACCAAUAUGAUAUUGAGCAAGAAAAUUGGGCCAAACAAGAAUAUCAAGGUGUUUUAGCGGUUUAUUUAAGAGAUCUUUCAAACACUUCAACAAAUUUACUGAAUGAUGUUAGUAACGAAAGUGCAACACUUAAAUCUGUCACAUCUUCUACUGCUAUUAAGGCAAUGGACACUGUGAAAACGGAUUCUUCUUAUGUCAACGAAAUAAAUAAUAAUAAUGGCAGUAACGGUAGCACUCAACAGAAAGUUUUACAAGGUCAAGAUUUUUAUAAUUACGGGUUGAUAAUACUUAAUAGAUGUAAUCCAGAAAAUUUUUCAUUAGCCAUAACACCAAAUAGUGUAAUAAAUAAGCAUAAAUUGUUUGGUAAAGAGGAGAAGCAAGUUUUGACUAACAUCCAAAUUGAAAAAAAUGACGAAUUAUUGAUUAUUAAAAAUUUAUUAGGGGAUGUUUACGGUUUAUGGAUAUAUAAUGAAGAGGAUAGAGAAACUUUAUACACCUUAAUUAAAUAUUUACUUGAAAAUGAACCUAAGGAUUCAUUUAUAUAA